ACAGCCGGGCGAGCGGAGGAAGGCGCCGGGAAGGAAAGCCAGCCCCGCAGACGCCGGGGCUCGCGGACCUUCCUGGCUCGGAGGGGUGCGCACGUCCGCACCGCACCCCGAGGCUGACAUCUCCUGCCCGCCCUGGAGAUGGGCGCUCAAGCUUGAGCUCCCGAGACUUUGCAGCCACCACCUGCAAACGCCCUUCGCCUCUCCGGAGCUGUGCCCAGCCUCCCAGACAGAGAAUUCCAGGACAAAGACCGACCUUCAAAAAUCAAAAAUGAGGCUCAGGGUUACAUGCCGAUUAUUGGCACUGUUCGUUCUUCUAAACCACCCAACCCCAAUUCUUCCCGCCUUUUCAAAUCAAACCUUUCCGACAUUAGAUUCGGAGCCAUUUCUGUACAUCGUAGGACGAAAGAAGCUGUUGGAAGCACAGUACAAGUGCUAUGACCGAAUGCAGCAGUUACCCCCCUAUGAAGGAGAAGGUCCAUAUUGCAACCGUACCUGGGAUGGAUGGAUGUGUUGGGAUGACACACCGGCCGGAGUAAUGACCUAUCAGUUCUGCCCAGAUUAUUUUCCAGAUUUUGAUCCAACAGAAAAGGUUACAAAAUACUGUGAUGAAAAAGGGGUUUGGUUUAAACAUCCUGAGAACAAUCGAACCUGGUCCAACUAUACUAUGUGUAACGCUUUCACGCCUGAGAAACUGAACAAUGCAUAUGUUCUGUACUAUUUGGCUAUUGUGGGUCACUCUUUGUCGAUUUUCACCUUAGUGAUUUCCCUGGGGAUUUUCAUGUUUUACAGGAACCUUAGCUGCCAACGGGUGACACUGCACAAGAACAUGUUUCUUACCUACAUUCUGAAUUCUAUGAUUAUUAUCAUCCACCUGGUUGAAGUUGUGCCCAAUGGAGAUCUUGUACGAAAGGACCCGGUGAGCUGCAAGAUUUUGCAUUUCUUCCACCAGUACAUGAUGGCCUGCAAUUAUUUCUGGAUGCUUUGUGAAGGGAUCUAUCUCCACACUCUCAUCGUGGUGGCCGUGUUCUCGGGGGAGCAGCACCUGCGGUGGUAUUACCUUUUGGGCUGGGGGUUCCCACUGGUGCCAACCACUAUCCAUGCUAUCACUCGAGCACUGUACUUCAAUGACAACUGCUGGCUGAGUGUGGAAACCCACUUGCUUUACAUAAUCCAUGGACCUGUCAUGGCGGCAUUGGUGGUCAAUUUCUUCUUCUUGCUCAACAUUGUCCGUGUGCUUGUGACCAAAAUGAGGGAGACUCACGAGGCAGAAUCGCAAAUGUACCUGAAGGCUGUGAAGGCCACCAUGAUCCUUGUGCCCCUGCUGGGAAUCCAGUUUGUCGUCUUUCCCUGGAGACCUUCCAACAAGAUUCUUGGGAAGAUAUAUGAUUACUUCAUGCACUCUCUGAUUCAUUUCCAGGGAUUCUUUGUCGCGACUAUCUACUGCUUCUGCAACAAGGAGGUCCAAACCACCGUGAAGCGCCACUGGGCGCAACUGAGAAUCCAGUGGGACCAGCGCUGGGGACCCCGCCCCUCCGCCCGCUCCACUGCUCGCGCUGCCGCCUCUGCUGAGGCGGGUGACAUCCCUGUUUACAUCUGUCAUCCUGAGCCUGAGCCGAGGAAUGAGCCAGCUGGCAACGAAGGCGAGCGAGGUGCUGAGCUCAUCCCUCUGAAUAUCAUCGAGCACGAGUCAUCCGCUUGAACGUGAAGCAACCACAGCAUCGUGAUCACUGAGCCUUCAUUUCCUGGGGGAAAGAUAAACCAUGCAUUUAAAGUGAUUCCCCAUCCUCCCGGGAGCUGAGCACAUCAUUUGUGAAGAAUUGUUCAGUGAAUUUGUCCAUCGUAAAUUUGAAGAAAGUGAUUCUUGGUACUAUUGCUUUGGGAGACAGUCUAGGAAUGGAGUCUCCCACUGCAGCUCGUGAACUCCAUCAUUCAUCCAGGACUGAGAUGCAGAUGCCACAGUCGUGCAAGCAAAGUUUCCAAGAAAAACACAAUUAAAUUGACCGAGUUCAGAUACAGGGUGCUCCUUGUUAACCUUGAGCCAUUUAUACCUUUGAAAAAUUAAAACCACUGUCAAUAUUUUUCUUUUGAACUCUAGAUUUUAAAUUAAGACAUUUCUGUAUUUGGCUAUGGAUCUGAUUUUUUAUUUUUUUUAUUUCAAUCAAUUCUGAUGUUACUCAGAUGUUUUACCAUUCAUACAAUGUAAACUGCACAAAUUACAUGACCUCCACAAGACAAAGUGGCUUUCUAAUAUAAAGAUGACGAAGCACGUAGGGAAAAAGCAUUUGGCAGGAAGAUGUAACUCUUUGAAUGAAAAAGAAAUUUAGAGUCAAUUUGCUGGAAAUAUUAUGUGGUCAGCUUGGUUUAGUGUAAUUCUGUCCACUGGGCGGGCCCUAACUACUGUAAGCAAUUAAUGUUGAAUGUGCUUUGUUUGCUAACUUUUAUAAAUUGGGAGGUCACAAAGAAUCCAUAACUAAAUUUUUCACAAAACUGCCAAAAAUAUAAUUUUUAGGGAAGAGAAUACUCUUCUUUAAAGAGUGUUUUCCACUUUACUAAACACCAGGAUUUAUAAAGCAAAUCACUCCAAGGUUUAUAAAGCAGAUUACCUCUUGCCCUUGGGUGCUAUCUAGCAGUAAAAGAUAAAUUUGUUUAAGACUGAUAAUUAAAAGACUCCAUAUAAGUCCAUUAACUGCCUUCCACCCAGCUUCAAAGCUUAACGAGAUCUCAGUCUUUUCCCAGAAGAUUCAGCAGAGCUAAUUUGAAAUUAGUUUGUAGUUGACCUCUUGUUUGCUGCUAUUAGAAAAGCAGGAGGAAAAAACAUAACUGCUACAAGUUUAACCAUAUAUCAAUUCAUGUUAAAAUAAAAAUAGAGUUUCUCAUUAAGAUCCAAUAUUAUAUUCCCACAUAUUUCUUUACUCCCCACUAUGAGAUCUUUGGAAAUCCUUAAAAAAACCGAUAUUAUUACUGGCACCUGAAAUUAAUUUGUGAGUUUGAGACAGUCAUCACAGUUAUCAUUAUUUAAUUUGUAUGCUAAAUGAGGGGAUACAUGGAAGCCCUCCAAAUCUCAAGUCUCCUCUGUGUCGUCUUCUGCCACUGCCUUUGAGAAGUGGUUUGUUGUGGAAAGACAAUAAAUUGAUUUGUUCUGAUUGUAUAUUUAGUGCACCUAGAGAAAACUAUAUUUCUUGAAAGAAAAUGUAUUUUGGAUACUAAAGUCCCCUUUACAGAAUGUAAGGGAGGAGUUAAAAAGAAGGUAUUUUUUCACUCACAGUGUUAUUAGUAAUGUUCCUAUUUUUGUUUACAAACAUGGAAAACAGAGUAUUUCAGGCAGCUCUCGUACAAAUGUGAUAAUAGAUUGCUGGUCUAUUUUAGAUGUUAUUGUGCUAAUAUAGUAGGGGCUGAAGAAAACAAAAUUGCUUCUAAUAGAAUUGCACAUACUGCCAAAAUUAUGUGAAACGCUUGUGCUGUGUGUAUGUAUAAAUUAAUACAGAGUAUGUUAAAAGCAAAAA